AUGGAUGUUUCCAACAUUAUCCGAGCUUUAUUUAUUCGAAUCUUUUUGGCUUUUCUUAUAUUGUUUGUCAUCAUAAAAGUGAUGAAGGAAAAAUUCAUUUCAUGGUUGUUGCAUGAGCAUAAUUCCGAUUCAGGAAUGUCUGUAUUAACAAGAGGAUAUAUGAUUUCUGAUAUAUCAACAAAACGAUUGAAUAAUAAUUCUGUCAUAACUAACUUUCAACCGUCUAACAAUAAUAUGUGUGGUGAUCCAAUACGAAUAACUAUUUCUAGCAUUCAAGGCGUUCAGUUUUGUGUUUUACGUAAUGUUUCAUUGUCUUCUUUUCAUGCUUUGCUGAUUGGUGAUCAUAAAAAUCUUACAGAAUACAUUAUUACUAAUGCUGUUGAAAAAUAUACAGUCAAACCUGGAAAUCAAGAUAUAUUUAUACAUGUCAACGUUCAACCAUACCCUGAUCAUAUAAAACGAGAUAAAUAUUCACUUGUUAUUGGUCUGAUCUCGAAUGCUUCAGAUUCAUUGAUUGAAGAAAUAAAUAUCACCUGUUAUAUUAUUCACGUGAAGAUACGAGAAGAGGAGCAAGUCAGUACAAGUAUUAUGUAUACAUACUGGAAAACUAAUUGGAACCGUCUUCUCACUCCACAAAUUCUUUUUGAUGCUGCUGGUGAAAAUGGUGAGAAUUCACUGGUGGAUGAGUCUAAUCAUAGUUUACCAAUAAAACAAAUCACAUCAUCAUGUACAACAAAUAAGAAUGAUAAAAUUUAUCAUAAUUGGAGGUUAAGUUGUUUCAUAUGUCUUUCUACUGAAAAUACUACUACUACCACUACUCCAACUAAUCUACGUGUAUUUCUACCCUGUCGACAUGCACCAAUUUGUUCGGAUUGUUUUAAUACAUUGUAUAAAUUAUCAAUGUUUUCAAUAAAUAAUCAUUUAAUUGGAUUACUUACUUGUCCAAUUUGUCGUACACCAGUCAAUUCAACAUUAUUACUGCCUGAAUAA